AUGAGAAGAAAGAAGAAAAUAAAGAACCCAAAAAAAAAAUAUAUAUAAAAAGACAAGAAAAUCACGAAAUCUGUUUUUGUUUCCUCUUUUGUUCAUCGGUUCGUGUUUUAAUUUGAUCCACCAACUUCAUCUUCUUCUUACCGCUCUCUUGAUUUCAGGUUUUUUUGAUUCUUAUUUCGAGUGAUUUGAUUAUCUGAUAAUGGAGCUAAAGAGCAUUAAGGAUGCGUUUGAUCGUGUUGCCACCAAGCAGAAACUCUCUUAUAGCAAAACCAAUGAGAUUGUUCACUUGCUCACUCAAGAAAUCGACAAGGCCUUGAGUGUAAUAAAGGAGACACCGUCUGAUGAUACUAUGCUUGAUCAUAGAUCUAUUAUCUCUGAUGUGAAGAAAGCGUUUGUGGAGAUUUCUCCAAUCACUCAACUUGAAGCUGCUGAGAAAGAACUACACGUGGCUCUCACCAAGUACCCCAAGGUUCUCGAGAAGCAACUGAAUCCAGACAUAUCAAAGGCUUACAGAAACAAUGCAGAGUUCGAUACCCACAUCGUGAACCAGAUUAUCGCCAACUUUUUCUACCGACAAGGGAUGUUUGACAUCGGCGACUGUUUCGUUGCUGAAACUGGCGAAUCUGAGUGUUCCACAAGACAAUCUUUUGUGGAAAUGUAUCAGAUAUUAGAAGCUAUGAAGAGACGAGAUCUUGAACCAGCUCUUAACUGGGCGGUUUUAAACUCGGACAAGCUAAAGCAGGCAAGGUCUGAUCUCGAGAUGAAGCUUCAUAGUCUACACUUUUUGGAGAUAGCACAAGGCAAAAACUCCAAAGAAGCUAUCAACUACGCGAGAAAACAUAUCGCCACAUUUGCUGAUAGCUGCCUACCUGAGAUCCAGAAGCUCAUGUGUUCUCUUUUAUGGAACAGGAAACUCGACAAAUCACCCUACUCUGAGUUUCUCUCCCCAGCUCUAUGGAACAACGCAGUCAAAGAGCUGACACGGCAGUACUGCAACCUACUAGGUGAAUCAUCUGAAAGCGCGUUGAGUAUAACCGUAACAGCGGGUACACAAACGUUACCAGUGCUAUUGAAAUACAUGAACGUGAUGGCGAACAAGAAGCUUGAUUGGCAGAACAUGGAACAACUUCCUGUAGAUGCACAACUAUCAGAGGAGUUUCAGUUCCAUUCGGUGUUUGUCUGUCCAGUAUCUAAGGAACAGUCAAGUGAUGAGAAUCCUCCAAUGAUGAUGUCUUGUGGACAUGUGCUCUGCAAGCAGACGAUCAACAAAAUGUCAAAGAAUGGCUCUAAGUCUUCUUUCAAGUGUCCUUAUUGCCCGACUGAUGUCGAUAUCUCAAGGUGUAGGCAGUUGCACUUUUAAUACGAAAAGCUCGGGGGGGUAAAAAAUGUAUGACCGGUAAAACAGGAACCAAAGUUCUGAAUCGUGAAAUCUGUGUCAAAUUGUAACCUUUUGUUAUGUCUCUUUUCAGCAAUUGUUUUUUAAAGAUGGGGGCUUUUGUGUACAAAGAUGGGGAAGUUUUAGAUGAUUGGACAUCUCAUAAGAAUGUGUUUUAUUUUUUUUGUGUUGCUGUUUGUUUGUUUGUUAAAACUUUCUGAAUAUAGAAAUUCUUUUGUAUUGCAAAA